UUUUUUUUUGGCAAGAAUCUUAUAUUAAGACAAAAGGUUUUCCGACAAGUCAACUUUAGUUUCAAUUCUUUAAUAUUUUUGUUGUGUAAUUUUUAUUCUUUUUGUUCCAAUUCUUUUGAUUAUAAAAUUAUUUUAAUGAAUUACAAAAAAUCUUUUGAUGAAUUGUAAAGCUAUAUAGUAUUAUAAAAAUAUAUUUAGUUUUAAUUUUUGAGUUUAAUUAUAAAAUUAUGUUGAUGAAAUUAUAAAACUACAUAUACAAAAGAAAAAAUUAGACGAAUUUGUAAAUUUGCAUAACUAUUAUUAUAUAAUCUAAACUACUUCAGUUUAUAUUAAUUCAAAUUGGAUUUUAGGAAUGUUCUAAAAAUAGGUUUGCCGCAGAGUAGUUCACUUUUGCUAGCUUCUGCAAAUGUCAUCGCAGUCGCAACUACGUUUGAUAAUCAACGAGUUCUCGAGAAAAUUUCAAACGAAGUUGAAUACCCAGAAGCUGCACAGCUUCGUUAGCAAGUCCCAACUCGCGCGUGAUCCCUAUUUCGCCACGCAGCUCGUCAAAUACUACUCCUUAAACGAUGACCUCAUCUCCGCACGCAAACUGUUCGACGUAUUUCCCGAGAGAAGCGUUUUCCUCUGGAACUCUGUUAUUCGAGCUCACGCUAAAUCCCCUCAUCAACUCGGUCCCGCUCUGUCACUCUUCUCUCAGAUGCUGAGCUCCGACACGAAGCCAGAUAGCUUCACCUACGCGUGCUUGGCACGUGGCUUCUCAGAGGGUUCUGAUACAGAGGGGUUGAGGUGUAUCCAUGGUAAUGCAAUUGUGUCUGGUCUUGGUUUUGACCUAGUUUGCGGUAGUACACUUGUUAAAGCUUAUUCAAAAGCUGGUUUUGGCUUUGAAGCGAGUAAGUUGUUUUUCUCAGUAGCAGAGCCUGAUGUUCCUCUAUGGAACGCUAUGAUCUCUGGAUAUGGAUCUUGGGAAGAAGGAGGAAGAAAUAUGUUUAACUUGAUGUUACGUCAAGGAAACAGACCUGAUUGUUAUACGAUGGUGGCCUUGAUGACUGGAGUGAUUGAUCCUGGUUUAAUGUUCGUUGCUCGGUCUGUUCAUGGGUUUUGUCUGAAAGUGGGUUUAGACUCUCAUUCUUACGUUGGUUCUGCGCUUGUGAGCAUGUACUCCAGGUGUAAGUGUAUUGCUUCCGCUUGUGGUGUGUUUAGUAGCAUCUCUGACCCUACUGAUUUAGUUGCGUGUUCUUCUUUGAUAAACGGUUACUCGAAAUGUGGACAUCACAAGGAGGCUUUGUGUCUGUUUAAUGAGCUGAGAAUGAGCGGUAAGAAGCCAGAUUCUGUUCUUGUUGCGAUUGUAUUAGGGUCUUGUUCUGAGUUAUCUAAUACGAUUUACGGACAAGAAGUGCACGGUUAUGUUAUUCGACAAGGGCUGGAAUUGGAUAUAAAGGUUAGCUCUGCUCUUAUACACAUGUACUCAAAAUGUGGGGUUCUUGACUCAGCGAUGACUCUUUUCGCUAAAGUUCCAGAGAAGAGCGUUGUUUCUUUCAACUCUGUUAUUUUGGGUCUCGGCUUGCACGGAUUUGCAUCCUCUGCUUUUGAAAAGUUCAACGAGAUGGUUGAGAUGGGAUUGAACCCCGACGAGGUCACUUUCUCUGCUCUCCUUUGUACAUGUUGCCAUUCUGGUCUUUUACACGAAGGUCAAGAGAUGUUCAUGAGGAUGAAGAGCGAGUUUGGUGUUGAGCCGCGGACGGAGCAUCAUGUUUACAUUGUGAAGCUGAUGGGAAUGGCUGGAAAACUGGAAGAAGCGUUUGAGUUUGUGAUGUCACUGCGAAGACCGAUUGAUUCAGGGAUUUGGGGAGCAUUAUUGUCGUGUUGUGAAGUCUACGAGGAUGCUCAGUUGGCAGAAGUUGUAGCGGCUAAGAUAAAGGAGAACGAGGAGGAAGAGAGAAGAAGAAGAGGUGUUUACGACGUUAUGCUCUCUAAUGUGUAUGCAAGAUAUGGGAAAUGGGAUGAAGCAGAGAUGCUUAGAGAUGGAGUUUCAGAAAGCUUUGGAGGUAAAUUGCCAGGCAUUAGCUGGGUUUAACUGCAAGGAAGCUUUUCAUGGCUUAGUUGGGUCUGCGUUGAUAUGGAAACAAUAACUUAAAAUGCAAACCAGUUUUUAGUACAUAAUAUAUGAUAUCAAAUGGUAUCUCCAUUAAACAAACAA